GGGUUUCCAAGACAACCGUUAGACUGUAUUUACAAACCAAAUGUUUGUUUAGGACGCCAAGAAAAGGCAUUUUCUGUCCUACCAUCACAAUGGUAAACAGCUAAACACAACUCAACUUUAUUGGGGCUUUAAGUGGAACCGUGUUAUUCGGUCAGAUAUGACUAAGACUGAGCUUUUCCACAACCAACAUUAAAGUUUUUAGGACCCUCCCUUUUUCUCUCUCUCUUCUCCAAUCUCUUUUCUCUUCCCCUCCCUCCAUCCCUCCUCAUUGCCAGUGCUUUGGACUCCAGCGCACAGACUACUUCCCUAAAGAGGCAGACCAUAUCAGAUUGCCUCUAAGGCACUGAAAUACUCUGACACCCCCCACCGAAUGACUCCGGAUCAGGUGGACAUUAGUAGAACUUUGCUGUUCGGCUUAGAAAGUGCCCAUACCUUAUGGACAUGCUCAGACAGCUUGUAUCCAGAGGCCAGGUGUGUUCAAAUAAAAAAAAAAGACAUUUCUGAGUAUUAUUUCCUGUGUCAGGGAGUUAAAUGAGCACAUAUAAAGACAUAACAUUCCAGUCUAUGGAGCUGUGGAGAACAAACAUGGUUUGGGAUAAACAUGGUGAUACAGGUGUAUUCAGACAGAGCGAACACUAUGAGUUAAUCAUCUGAAACCGUGCCUUCUUCUUCUGAUAAACAUUUUCAACCCACUUUAACCUGUGAACAUGCGCCUACGUGGGUAUAUGUGGAGAUGGCCCUACCGUCCUGCGGAAGGAGUGAUGCUGCUGCUGGGGCUCAGCUUGGCCCGGUCCGUUUCUGCGCAGCUCACCUGUCAAGCAGCCGAAGCCGCUCAGAACCUCACCCAGCCUCAGUACAACAACACUCCCAACAAGAACACCAAUGCGGAUUUUCUGAUGCCAUUCGUCCAGUCCUUUCUUUACACGGUCCAGCCUCACCCAUUUCCUGAAGAUUUAAUCCUUAAAAUAGUCAAGGAUCCUCAGCAAGGGCUGUCAAAUCAAGAUCAGAUGACUGAAAUCCUGAUGUAUGAAGUGGGUUUCCUAGUGUGUAUCGCCAUUGGCAUCCUGUACAUCGUCCUGAUGCCCAUAAUUGGCUUCUUCGUGGCUUGCUGUCGCUGCUGUGGCAACUGUGGUGGGAAGAUGUACCAGAAGCAGACGUCCUCGAUCCAUUGUCUCAGAAGAACUCUCUACUUCAGCGUGUUUGCAAUCACAAUCAUUAUCUUUGCUGGUAACAUCUGCAUGUUCAGAAGCAACCAAGCUCUUAAAGUGAGUGUGAACCAGAGUCCGUUGGAGCUCCACAACGCUCUAGAUGACAUGCGCACCUUCCUCAAAGCUGUGCCACAGCAAGUGGAAAAUGUGGUGAAUGAAAGCUACAGAAUUGUGCAGGAAGUCACCAGAAACUUAGACGACAUUGGACGUCAGUUGGGAAUGAAGGUCCAGCAACGUUUUAGAGGAACUGUUGACCCAGCUCUGCAGUUGGUCAGACAUCUACACCAAGAAAGCUUAAACACCAGUGACCGGCUGGACAAGCUGAACUCCUCACUGGUUCAACUGCAGUCCAGCAUAGACCGUAUUCAGGCCAACGUCACUGCUGUCAGAGAUCAGAUCAAUCAGACGCUGUCCAAGCCAGGUUGCACAGGAUGUCAAAACCUAACUAAAGACGUGCAGAAACUAACAGUAGAUACCACCAUUUCUUUUCCCAGCCUGCAUGAUUUUCAAUCUGCAUUGGAUGAAGUUAUAAAAGCUGAUCUCCAGUCCAAAAUAAGUGAGGCGGAGGAGUUUUUCCGCACGAUUCCUCAGAGGGUGACCAAUGAAACUAAUGAUUUAGUUCAAAACAGCAUAAAGCAGCUGAAUUACAUAAAAGCACAGAUUUCACAGGUUUCCAGUGAGCUCCAUCUGUCAGCUUUGAAUGAUAUGUCAAGGAAUCUGGACCAGGUACAGAGUGACAUCGACACGUACUUAUCUAAAGUGGAAAGUGCUGACGAUAUUAGAUGGAGGGUAGGUGUGGCCCUGUGCUUUGUGGUCCUCCUGGUGGUGGCCUGUAACAUCCUGGGUCUGGUUCUGGGCCCUCUGGGUCUGUCACCCAAGGAAGACCCCACCCGCCGCUCCUGCACCUCCGACUGUGGAGGCAUCUUUCUCAUGAUGGGAGCCGGGUUCAGCAUCCUCUUUUCCUGGCUUUUCAUGAUAGUGGUGCUGCUGCUCUUCUUACUGGGUGGAAACAUGUAUACAUUAAUUUGUCGACCAUGGAACAAUGGCCUGCUGCUACAGUUCCUUGAUACUCCAGGUUUAAUCCCACAACUGGAAUUAGGCCCGGCUUUGGGACUCAAGACCAACAUCAAGAUCUCUGAUAUCUAUAGAGACUGUGAGAAAAACCAACCUUUGUGGACGACGCUCCACCUGCAUGAACUUGUAAACCUUGGAGAUAUACUCAAUGUGUCUAAAUACACAGCACAGAUCCGAGAGGAGUUUGAGAAAACUAAUGUCACCCUGUCUUCAGUCAAUCUCCUGAGCCCUGAAAUAAAAAAUCAACUUGUAAACAUCUCUGCCAAGGCGACUAAUUUUAACAGCACCGCAGUCAUACAGCAGAUGAAUGCCAUGUCAAGCAUCAAUUUGAAUACAACAGCAGAUAAAAUUGAAAUCCUGAGUCAACAGCAACCGAUUGCCAUUAAAGAUGAACUUCAAAAUGAAGCUUUGAAAUUAAGGCAAAUUCAAGCCGACAUAGAAGUAACUGUCUUUCCACAAGUGAAAAACCUGAAUUCAUCCAUCAAGAGCCUCCAGUCCACCACAGAAAAGAUCAAUGGAACAGUGGGGGAGGUGCUGAGCAAAGUUGCAGCAGCACAAGACUUUCUCAACACAAAUACAACACAGAUUGUAAAGACCGAAAGUAGGAGGUUUUUAGACUGUCAGGUGGAUUACUUCACUGCUUAUGCUGACUGGGCCACUAUUAUGGUCACACAACAGGUCGGCCGCUGCAAGCCCGUUGCCAGAGCUGUUGACUCUUUUGAGGUGGUCCUUUGUGUUAACAUGGUGGAAUCUCUGAAUGCGUUCUGGUUCAGUCUGGGCUGGUGCUUGAUGUUCUUCAUUCCCAGCACCAUCUUUUCCAUCAAAUUAGCAAAGUACUACAGGAGGAUGAAAUAUUCGGACUGCUUUGACAAUCACAUCGUUAUGAACCACAUCCCACGGGCUCAAAUAAAAAUCACAUGAGAUGGGACGACUCGUGCGGGGCCUUAAAGGUCUGCAGGCACAAAUGUUAUGUUUGAGGAAAUAAAAGCACAUGGGACACUACUGCACAGAUGUGGCACAUUGUCACUUGGGUAAAACAUCUGAAAAGAAUGUAAAAACUAAGAUACCUACUUGAAUAUUUUGUAAAUUUAGGUUUUCGCCAGAGGGUGGAGAGGCAAGUCUACAUCCAAACGGACUGUAGGGUUUAUAUGAUACAUUUCAUGCAGCACAAUUUUCUUUCUAAAGUCAUCUAGAGGGAUUCCAAUGACUUUUGCAAACCUAUAAGGAUUUUUAAAACUCCGUCUGUAAUCAGCUGCUGUUAAAAUGCCUCAUCAGGCAUUUUUAUUGUCUCCUAAAUGAUUUAAUCCAAAUGUCUGCAUAUCUAUAUAUACUGGCGCACAGUUCUUUGUCUUGACAUUAUUGUGAUUUAACAACUUGUUGCCAAUGAGAAACAAAUUUUUUUGAAUGAAUUCUUAUUUUCAUGUGCACCAAUGUUGGGAACAAAUGUUUUCUGAGAAUGAAAUGCUUAAUUGACUACUCAAUAUUUUUAAACCAUAAUAUCACUACUGUUUGCAAACUUUACCACACCAUUGUUACUAUUUUUCAUCCGAGUAGUAAUUUCUUUUGACUGAUAUUGAUUUUUGUUCCGCUUGGAUCUGCAGGGUAAAUUCUGUUCUUUUGUUACGCUGCACUUUAUGCGUUUAUCUGUUUGUUUAAUUAGAUUUUUGAUAAGUUUUGAAAAAUUUCUGUCAGCUGGUUUCUAUACUGUGAAUAAAAAUAACCACUAAUCAAGA